GGAGCUGGCUUGGUUGUAGACGCCGACUCAUGUUUACUCGACCUUGGCAGCAGUGGAAACAUAACAUUUGAACAUUGAGAAUUGUACAACAAUUUAGGGACUUGAAGGCUACAAAAGAUAAGUUGCAACAAACACUGCUGAACUCUCGCUCACUAACGGAAUACAGAAAUUUGCAGAUUUGCUGUCCGAGGUCAGAUCCCUCUGGCCAGCGGCAGCUGGGUGCAGGAGAGCUUCGGUUGCAGCGGGCACAAGCCGCUGGUAGAGGGGGAGCGAUGCGCCAGCGACUCGGUGCCUAUGGCUGGGCCUGGGCUCUGUUCCAUGGCCUUUGCCUCGGCCUCACAGGAGGUAAAUGGAGACCCAGUGGGGUCGGCUGCGACAACCUGUGGAAGGUGAAGGAGCGGGCGGUGCGGGGCUGGAACUACGACCUACACCUACCCGGGGCCGACAUGAUGGGCCUGGACUCGGACACGGGCUCGGGCGACGACCCGGUCGCCGGCCUCGGCCUGUGGAGCGGCUCGCAGCUGGAGCCCGGCAUGAACGCGCCGCCUUUCACGCUCCACACGCUGGACGGGCCGCUGAGUUUCCCACUGAGCGGGCAGCAGGGCCCGGCCUCGUUCAUCCUGCACGCCUUCACCAACAAGUCGGGCUUCCUGGAGGCCAUGUGGGCCUCGGACACGGCGCUGGCCCCGCUGGCCGCCACCUCGCUGCCCCACCACACCCACCUGGUCUUCCUGUCCUUCGACGAGCACGCACCGCAGGACGUCAGGUGGAUGAAGCAGCGGGUCGUCCAGGUGCUGGAGCAGAGGGUGAAGGACAUUCAGAGAAUUAAGAACUUGCUUUCUCGACUGCAUUUUGUACCAACUCCAGUAUUUGCUCUGGGUAACUGGAUUGCUGCUGUCUUCUAUUCCUGGAGAUGUCAGGGGCACAACUGUGGAUUCUCUCAAGUUGUUUUCUCUUCACCAGAUUUGAAAUUGACGAUUAUCGGCAAACGUUUGGAUGCGAGGUACGACUGGUUAACGAAAAGCUGGAAAUCUGUGCCAUAUAUUCUCGUGGAUGGCAGUGAUGGUUGCAAUAUUACCUCUGAUGUACGAGGUGCCGUGGCUUUGGUCUCUGAUGAAGGGAACUGCUCAUACUUCACAAAGAUCAAAAACAUGGCAGAUUCUGAAGCGUCGGGUGUCCUUGUUUAUGUCAGUCUUGGCAGGCCACUUCAGGAUAUGAACUGUGAAGGAGUGGAAUGCCACACUACCAUAAACAUACCAGCUUCAAUGAUACACUUUCAACAAGAUGUGAUUAAUUUACUCAGAAACCACAUUAAAGUGAAUGUGAACUUCCAACACACGCCCUCGCCUAUGUUUUUCUUUGGAAUUAACAUGGAAAGAAAAUUGGCGGAAUUGGGUUGGUUCCUCUAUCCGUCAUUUAAUUUUAUUAUCUGGCAAGCUGAAUGGUUCACUUAUAUUAAAAAUUUGGAAGCAAAGCUUCGGAGGCCAGCUUUUGUAAUGCAUGUGUUCAAUGACACUCGAAUGCAAGGUGACACGGGAGUUGUUGCAACUAUUGAUCUUCCUGAAGAUAUAUUUUCAUUUAACCAUCUAGAACUUGAUGUUUCAUUGUCAUGUCCUGGAACAACAGAUGAAACGUGUGCACAUUGGGAUCACAGAAUUGAACUUUACGUCUGUUGUAAAGAAAACAGUUCAUUAUGUAACGCUGAACUGGGCAGAUGGAUUACACCAUUCCGCAGACGAAUUGGCCAUUGGUUAACAGAUGUCUCACCACUUCUACCCAUGCUUAAUGCUAGAAAGUGCACAUUCACAAUGAAGACCGUGCCAUGGGCCAUGCCCUGGAAGCCAUCACUAAACCUUCGUUUCACUAUAGCAGGCCAGAUAAUAGCAGGCUACAAUUCAAUACUGCAUCCCUUUCACCUAUUGCGGCUUUUCACCGGUGGCAUUUUUAACAUUAAUUACAACAAGAAGUAUCAGCCUUUUAAAUUCAUUGUGCCACCCUCUACCAAGAAGGUUGAACUCUAUGCUGUGAUUACAGGCCAUGGAAGUGAUGAGAAUGGCUGUGGAGAGUUCUGUGUCACUUCUCAUCAUUUUGUAAUUAAUGGCAUAUUUAAUAAUUCAAGGAUAUUUGAUAAAGCUGGCACUUCUUUGGGUUGCGCUGACAGGGUUUCAGAGGGUGUGGUCCCAAAUGAACAUGGCACUUGGCUCUAUGGCAGAAAUGGCUGGUGUGAUGGACAAGGUGUGGCACCAUGGACAAGAGAUGUCACCAAGCAGGUGAACAUGCAAGGGAUAAACAGCAUCUUGUAUUUUGGCUGGUAUAAGGGCAAGGAUCCAAAUCCGAAACAGAACCCUGGAGAAAUUAUAAUGCACUCGUACCUAGUAUUCUACAACUAAAAUUGUAUUUCAUUAUGAACCAGGACUUGAAAUUCACAACGGUUGAGAAAGUUUGUCACAAAAUACUGGAAGUUUACUACUGAGCUAAUAAUCUCUGCUAAUUUUGCUGUCUGUAUUCAGUUGGCUUGCCUGUGAUGUUUGCUGUCUUUAACAAUCAUUAUAAAAAAUAAUUUGUUCCAGCUUUAUUGGGCUCUCCUCACUCUCCUAGCAUUUGAAAUUUUCAGCCUCAUGUUUUCAUGGAAGAACAUUGAAGUGCAGAAUCAAAAUUGACCCUAUCUGCAACAGGAAUUAUUUCAAACAGGCUUUUCUAAAGUUAUUUUAAAAUCCUGGCUGCGAUACACUUCUUCAAUUGUAUGACAGUAUUACUUUUUUUUAAACAAAUUUGAUUUCCUCAUUUUUGUAAACUUUCUCAUUUGUGGAAAAAAGUAUUACAUGGUAAUGUGAAUCUUACUUGUUCAUUGUGUAAAGGACAUAAAUAAAUGUUACAGCUUGCACUGAAAA